CGGGCUUUGAGUGACGCGAUCAUCUCGCUAUCCCUCAACUUUGCCUGUUGCCAAGCUAUGAGACAAGGGAACCGAGGUGGACGAUCACUGCUGUUGACUAUCAUCAGUGACAGUCAAAUUUCGCACAAAGGAAGAGAUAGCUUGUUUAUUUCACGCGAUCUCCUGUACACCCCGUAUUUUCGCGUACUUUUUGACUAGGCUACUAUUUCAUAAGAAUGGUUUUAGUUUCCCCGCGGACUUCCGAUGAAAUAGAGUCUACAUGAAGGCGUAAUAUCUUGAGUAGUGGACCUUUUCGGGUUCUGCGAAGGUAUAAAGAGUUCUACGGAGAUCCAAAAUGCCGCGGAGGAAACAAGAAGCGCCCAAGCGUGCAGCAGCCUAUUCUCCCGAGGAUGGACCUGAGCCCGCUGCAGGUGACGAGGAGGGGAAGGCGGAGGGCCCGGUUCCGGCCCCCCGGGGUGACCCCCCUGUGACUGAUGACUUGGUCGAACAUGGCAGGGAGGCGACUAAAGAGCCGGGGUGUGACCAUGAAUCAGUCGGGACCGCGGAGUACUCUGUUCCCGAGAUGGACAGCGACUCGCACGUGAGCGAAGCCAGCGACCGUCUCUCAGACUUUGAAAGCCCCUCCAUUAAGGCCGAGAGCAGCCCGGUGGUGGCGUCCACCAAUGGAGCGGCGCCGCUGUCGCUGCCUCCUGUGAUCGGCAUGGACACUCUGGAGCAAAUGAAGGCCAUCUAUUCAAGUUUCCUGACCAGCUCCCUGUGGUCACCCCUGAACUUUGUCCCCACGCCGACCCAGGCGCCGCCCACGGUUCCCGUGGAGAAGCAGUCUCGUAGCAACAGCACCAGUAGCAGCAGCAGUUGCAGCAGUAACAGCUAUGAUUGGCACCAAAGCGCCAUAGCCAAAACACUUCAGCAGAACACUCUGCAGAGCCGCAUCCCAGCCCAAGGCUCUGAAGGCAGCCUGUUCAGCACGGUCCAACUGCACAGACAGAACCCCAGGCUGUUUGGUUCCAUCUUCACAGGGGCCAGUAAGUUCCGCUGUAAGGGCUGCAGCGCUGCGUACGACACCCUGGUGGAUCUGACGGUGCACAUGAACGACACUGGCCACUACCGCGACGACAACCACGACCGGGCUGGGAACGGUUCAAAGCGUUGGUCCAAGCCCCGUAAGCGUUCCCUACUGGAAAUGGAAGGCAAGGAGGACGCCCAGAAGGUCCUGAAGUGUAUGUACUGCGGCCAUUCGUUUGAGUCCCUCCAGGACCUCAGUGUCCAUAUGAUCAAGACCAAACACUACCAGAAAGUGCCUCUCAAGGAGCCUGUGGCCCCUGUGGCAGCCAAAAUAAUCUCCUCAAAGAAAAGGGGAUACGUGGGGUUGGAUCUCACUGCAGCCCCACGGUCUAGAGAAGGAACCCCGAAAGGAAAGCACUCACAGGCGGAUCACAGCGAAUCAACGCAGAGGGCCUCCCCUUACACUAACACCAAUAACCGCCACGGACACCAAAACGGUGCCAGCUAUGCUUGGCAGUUUGAGUCUAACAAGGCCCAGAUCCUCAAGUGCAUGGAGUGUGGCAGCUCCCAUAACACACUGCAAGAGCUGCGGUCACAUAUGAUGGUGACCGGUCACUUCUUGAGGGUGACUAACUCGGUUGGCAAGAGAGCCAAGCCUUUUGCAGAGUCCACCUCCCCUAGCCCAGCUAGAAUUGCCACCCCAACAGAGGAAAGGGUGCAGUCGGUCCCACUGGCACCUUCCACCUUUUCCCCUCCCCCACCCACGACUGCUGCCACUUCCCCUGCCGCCUCCCCCCCUCCUCUCAAAGAGAUCAAGAAGGAGGAGGUAGAAGAAGAGUGCACCACUGAUGAACCUAUCAUAAAUGAGAAAGAGUCAAUUAGGGAGGAGAAGGAUUUUGACGGAGAGAAAGAGGAAAAGUUUGACAUCACUAAAUAUAAUUAUCUCACUGAGGAGGAUCUCAAAGGAAGUCCCAAGGGGGGGUUAGACAUCCUCAAGUCCCUAGAAAACACUGUAACAACUGCGAUUAACAAGGCCCAGAGUGGUAACCCUAGCUGGGGAGGCUACCCUAGCAUCCAUGCAGCCUACCAGUUCCCCAAUGCCCUUAAACUCGCCCAUGUCAACACUGACAAGAGCACCCUGAUGAAGUAUAUGUUCACCGGGGAAGGAACCCUCUCCUCCCUAGCGAAGAACCAGCCUCUAAUUUCUCCACCCUCAACCCAGUCCUCCCCCCUCCCUAAUAACAACUUCCAGGCCAUGGAAGAGCUGGUUAAAAAGGUCAGCGAGAAAGUGGCCAAAGUGGAGCAGAGGGUGAGAAGGUCCUCCCCGAAGACAGAGCUGCGGCUCUCUCCCUGCAGCAGUGAAACAGCAGAGUCCACAAAGGGAGUGGGAGCUGACUUGCCUCACGACUGGAGGUCGGUAACUCCAGCAAACAGUGAAAAGGGAAGCUACGACGACCGUGCCUCCCCGGCAACCGAACCCAAGCGGGACGCGACCGUGACGUCUCCACCGGCACCCGCCCUGAACAGCAGCACUACCAUUAUCACUGGUCAUCCUCCCCCAGAACAGCCAUUCGUCAACCCUCUAAGUGCACUUCAGUCUGUGAUGAACAUUCACUUGGGCAAGGCGGCCAAGCCCUCGCUGUCGAACCAAGAUCCACUGAGCCUCCUCUCCAGGCUGAGCCAGAGCAUGGCUGAAAGGGCUGCUGUGGCAGCUCCCCAAACCCAGCCCAAAAAGCCUGAAUCCAUUGUGGACCGUAGCAUUUCCAAGCCCAGUGACGACCAACCAAUGGAUCUGACGAAAGGCAAAAAUGACAGAAACAGCUCCCUGGGUUCCACCCCUCUGACCCCAUGUUCAGCCGCCUCUUCCAUCUCCCCAUGCUCAAUAGUUACCCCUGCUAAGCUAACAGUGGUGUCUCCUUACACAUCCAGCAGCCCUCUACACGAGAACGCCUUGUCCGACAUCUCCGACAUGCUGAGAAACCUGACGCAGUCCCAGGAUGUGGCUAAGCCACCGUCAAGGUCACGGAUCCCGGACAGGGGUCCGGUCGUGGGCUCCACCGCAGAGGAUGCGGAGGGGGCUCUGCACGGCCACAAGCGCAAAGGCCGACAUUCCAACUGGAAUCCCCAGCACCUGCUCCUCCUACAGGCCCAGUUUGCGUCCAGCCUGAAACAGACCGCAGAGGGGAAGUACCUCAUCAAUGACCUAAGCCCACAGGAGAGGAUGCAUGUUUCCCGUUUCACAGGCCUAUCGAUGACUACUAUCAGCCACUGGCUGGCUAAUGUCAAAUACCAGCUGAGAAGAACUGGCAGAACCAAGUUCCUGAAAAACCUGGAUUCAGGGCAGCCGGUGUUCUACUGCGGCGACUGCGCCUCACAGAUCCGUACCCCAGCAGCAUAUAUAUGUCAUUUGGAGGCUCACUUGGGUUUUAGAAUCAAAGACCUCGCCAAGAUGUCCCCCAAACAGACUGUUAGGGACUCCCAGGCUCUGACGGAAAAACUCUUGCCCAUGGAGUCUUUCAUCCCUCCCCAAUCACUGGAUGACAGCAGUAGUAAUGGGACAGUGUACCAUUGCCAGCUCUGUAUCCGUAAAUUUGCCAGUAAGCACGCUAUCAAGCUCCACCUCAGCAAGAGCCAUGGGAAGUCCCCAGAGGACCAUCUGCUAUAUGUGUGUGAGCUAGAGAAACACUAAUUUACAUUCAGCUUUCAAAGUACAUGACAUAUAUGUAGAAUUACUGGCAAGCAACACCCCCCAACCCCCAACCACCACCCACCCACCCUACAGAUUAUUGUAUGAAAAUGCACAACACCAUGAACUAUUUAGCACAAGGUGUUUAUAUCCAUUGGCCUAUUUCAACUUUUACUUUCUCUACUUUCAUUACACAUUUCACAUCUGUGUCAUCAUUUCAAUGUAUGGGUUAAGGAUAUAUUCCGCCUGGAUGGCAUUAUAUCACCAGUGUUUUUUAUCUCCGUUGCUUUGUACACCAUUGGUAGGGGAAGACAAAGAGGACAAAAAACUUGACGAUAAUGGCGACUGUUUUGACUAGAAGGUUGACUAGUUUCUUGAUAUCGAGUAAACGUAUUUAUUUAAAAGAUUUUGUGUAUUUUUUUUUAUUUGCUGAUAGUCUGCAUGUAAAAUCAAGGUUCACUGCAAAUGUUUUUUUAUAGUCUUGUCCACAUUAUUAAAUGUCCUUGGUAUUUGAAUUUAACAUUUUGACACUUAAAAGAACAUUCAAAUGCCUGGGAAAGCUCUUAAGAAGGAUCUGCCAGACAGCAAGAUAAUUUAAUCACCUGUCUAUAUAGUUUACUUUGUAUAGCAUUUCAUUUUCUUGUUGAUUGUAAAGGCUGCCUCAUUCUUUAACAUUUAGUAAGGGGCAGUGUAUCUGGGUCUCUGUAAAAUGUACAUACAGUAUAUAAGCUUACAACUUGCUGUUCAAUUUAUGCAUACUUGUUAUAUUUCCUAAUUUAAAAGGACUAUGACUAUCCACUGGUGCAGAGCCUUUGAAGAAGACAAAAAUGACAUUGUUUUGCACAAUAGUUUUAUAAAUGUUAUUUGAUAAAAUAGAAUACAAAUAUGUUAAUGCCUUGUGCUUCUAUGAUUAAAUGGACUUAACUGCUGCAUCAAGCUUCUGUGUUGUAUUUUAUAUUCAUUAGUUUAAAAAAUGUGCUCAGAGUACAUAUAUAGUGGUUUGUGCUGUUUUUAGGAAGAUAGGCCAGACAGAUUGUGAGUUUGCUGUUUUAUCCAGAAAAUAAUAAUUCAAUUGGCACAUGCUCAGAGCAGAUUGAUUAUCCUCCACUGGGUUUAAAAUGAUCACAAUGGCGCAUAACACAAGAAUAUAUUUUUAUGGAUACCUUAAAUAUCUCUAGCUCUGGUGAAAUAAAUAUCUCUAGCAAUGGUUUGUUUUAAAAUGAACAAACCUUUGUUCUAAUGCUGAUCAAAAUACAUCUCCACCUCAACAGAAACCAUACAACAUUAGGGAGGGAAAAACCCAUAAACCAAGCUCUUUUAAA